CACAUCACUCCAGACAGUUACGUUCCCUGCCUGAGCGACCUGUGCAAGGCAUUAUGGGAGGUGAUGCUCAGCUAUCACCGGACCAUGCAGUGGCACGAGGAGCACAACAAGGAGGAGGCUGCACCCGCCACAGGUACACCUGUCCCACCAAUAUCUAGCCCCUCCCCUUAAUUCAGCACAACACUGGGCCUUUGGCUGACCAAUAUCCCCCACCCCUUUAAUUCAGCAUAGCACUGUCCCCUCCCCUUUAAUUCAGGCAAGUGACCACUAAAGCCCUUAUUCAUCAUCGACCCCUGCAAGCUAACCUCUUAUUUCUAAAGACCUGAUUCCCCUACACUUACUCCCUAAACCUAAAGUGAAGGAGGAGGAGGCUGCACCAGCUGCAGGUUCUGUAAGCCUGCCCUACCAAAACCCCCUCCCCUUUAAUUCAGCAUAGCACUGUCCCCUCCCCUUUAAUUGAGGCAAGCGACCACUAAAGCCCUUAUCCAACCCUCUAACCUCUCGUACUUCUAUAGCCCUGAUUCCCUUACAAUUAAUACACCUAAAGCCCUGAUUCCCUGACGCUUAAUACAACUAAAGGCCUCGAACACCCCAUAUAAUAAAGAUCCCUUCUUCAGCCGCCCUCACCUUCACGUUGUACAGUCAGUUCACCUUGUAUUUCUGCUGACGUAGUUUCCCCUCGUCCUCUAGAAGUUCUUAGAAAUCACUAUUUUAAUUAGCCCCUAAAUCAAUUGAAGCUGAUUGUGAAAAAAUAUAUAUAAAAAAGAAAGGGGGGUUGACUUUCAUUAGGGGCAAUGGGAUACCUAGUCAGUUGCACAACUGAAUGCAUUCAACCGAAAUGUGUCUUCCGCAUUUAACCCAACCCCUCUGAUUCAGAGAGGUGCGUGGGGCUGCCUUAAUCAAGGUCCAGGGGAGCAGUUUUUGGGUGUUGUUGUUGGGAGUUAACUGCCUUGCUCAAGGGCAGAGCGGCAGAUUUUUCCACCUUGCCAGCUCUGGGUUUCGAACCAGCGAUUUUUCACGCAUAACCAUUAGGCUACCUGCCAACCCCAUUACUGCCCCACAGACUUAAACCCGGAGAUUGAUGGAUUUCUAAGUAUUGCAUUUGACCUUUUACAGAGAGCAGAGCUACUGUUUCAGGUUUAUCGUUGAGUCAAGUUCUAUUCCUUCCUAUUAGUUUACCUUUUCCAUUACUUUGUCAAUCAGCAGUAAUUUUGGCUCAAAUGCGGUUUAAUUUCCCCCUUCAGUACAUUGGAUUGAUUAAGAAAAUGGCUGAUGGCAAUAGGACUACGGUGAAGCCUUUAUCCCCUGAUCACUGAGAUUUAUGGAUUUGUAAGUAUUGCAUUUGCCCUUUAUAGAGAGCAGAGCUACGGUACUGCCUUCUCAUCUGCCCCCCUCAUCUAACGAAAAUUGUUGUGAAUGUGCAGCGCUGCAUUUGCACAACCCACACAGCACACAUUGGCGUGAUGGUAUGGGUAAUUGAGGUUGAAUUUGUUGCCGCACUUACCACUGUGUUGAUAGUCAAGUGUUUUUUUUCUUUCUAGUGUUGCCUCAGUGGCCCUCCCUCUCUCAGAAGGUUAUUGAGCCGGCCAGGCCUGAAAGUGAUAGGUGCUUGUGCUUUGUUGACGCCAGCACACUGCUGACUUUGAAAAGUCACUGAGCCCUCUCCAAAGACCUCUUGAAUCUAAUGUUGCUAAUGAUUCAUCUAAUGAUUAGAUGAAUAAUACAAAAUUAUCCACACGGUAAGCAAAGGAGAUAAACUGUGAUAUUUAAACCUGUAAAUAUACAGUACAUUUCCAUUCCAUUAUCAUGUUAAUUUCAGUUUAAGCACUGUUUUGAUUGAUGAUGUUUGUUAGAGAAAAUGAUGUAUUUAUUUAUCCUAAUUACAGACACAUGUAGACAACAUCAUGUCCCUCAGUGCUCACCCCUCUGUUAGGAUUUAUUUAUGUAUUAUUAAUGUGCAUUUAUUAAGGAUGAUUCCGUACAACCACAGGGGGGACGAUGCAUUGUUUACGUGAUAUUUAGAUUAGAUGAAAUUAAUGACGUAUGGAGUGUUGUUCUACUUUUCUGAGAACAGGCUUUCCACUAGAUGUUGGACAUUGCUGCGGGGACUUGCUUCCAUUCAGCCACAAGAGCAUUAGUGAGUUCGAGCACUGAUGUUGGGCGUUUAGGCCUGGCUCACAGUCAGCGUUCCAAUUCAUCCCAAAUGUGUUUGAUGGGGUUGAGGUCAGAGCUUUGUGCAGGCCAGUCAAGUUCUUCCACACUAAUCUCGACAAACAAUUUCUGUAUGGACCUCGCUUUGUGCACGGGGGCAUUGUCAUGCUGAAACAGGAAAGGGCCUUCCCCAAACUGUUGCCACAAAGUUGGAAUGUCAUUGUAUGCUGUAGCGUUAAGAUUUCCUUUAACUGAAAGGGGCCUAGCCCAAACCAUGAAAAACAGCCCCAGACCAUUAUUCCUCCUCCACCAAACUUUACAAUUGGCACUAUGCAUUGGGGCAGGUAGAGUUCUACUGGCAUCUGCCAAAUCCAGAUUAGUCCGUCGGACUGCGAGAUGGUAAAGCGUGAUUCAUCACUCCAGAGAACAUGUUUCUACUGCUCCAGAGUCCAAUGGUGGGGAGCUUUACACCACUCCAGCUGACGCUUGGCAUUGCGCAUGGUGAUCUUAGGCUUGUAUGCGGCUGCUCUGCCAUGGAAACCCAUUUCAUGAAGCUCCCGACGAACAGUUCUUGUGCUGACGUUGCUUCCGGAGGCAGUUUGGAACUCAAUAGUGAGUGUUGCAACUGAGGAAAGUCCCAUUCUAUGAGCUUGUGUGGCCUACCACUUCACGGCUGAGCCGUUGUUGCUCCUAGACAUUUCCAUUUCAUAAUAACAGCCCUUACAGUUGUCCGGGGCAGCUCUAGCAGGGCAGAAAUUGGAAGAAAUGACUUAUUGGAAUGUGGCAUGCUAUGGCGGUGCAAUGUGAAAGUCACUGAGCUCUUCAGUAAGGCCAUUCUACAGCCAAUGUUUGUCUAUGGAGAUUGCAUGGCUGCGUGCUCGGUUUUAUACACCUUUCAGCAACGGGUGUGGCUGAUAUAGCCGAAUCCACUAAUUUGAAGGGUUGUCCACAUACAUUCGGAAAGUAUUCAGACCCCUUGACUUUUUCCAUAUUUUGUUACGUUACAGCCUUAUUCUAAAAUGGAUUAAAUAGUUUUUAUCCCUCCUCAAUCUACACACAAUACCCCAUAAUGACAAAGCAAAAACUGUUUUUUAGAACAUUUUGCAAAUUUAUAAAAAAUUAAAAACCGGAAAUAUAACAUUUACAUAAGUAUUCAGACCCUUUACUCAGUACUUUGUUGAAGCACCUUUGGCAGCGAUUACAGCUUAGAGUCUUAUUGGGUAUGACGCUACAAGCUUGGCACACCUGUAUUUGGGGAGUUUCUCCCAUUCUUCUCUGCAGAUCCUCUCAAGCUCUGUCAGGUUGGAUGGGGAGCGUCGCUGCAUAGCUAUUUUCAGGUCUCUCCAGAGAUGUUCGAUCGGAUUCAAGUCCGGGCUCUGGCUGGGCCACUCAAGGACAUUCAGAGACUUGUCCCGAACCCACUCCUGCGUUGUCUUGGCUGUGUGCUUAGGGUCGUUGUCCUGUUGGAAGGUGAACCUUCACCCCAGUCUGAGGUCCUAAGCGCUCUGGAGCAGGUUUUCAUCAAGGAUCUCUCUGUACUUUGCUCCGUUCAUCUUUCCCUCGAUCCUGAGUAGUCUCCCAAUCCCUGCCGCUGAAAAACAUUCCCACAGUAUGAUGCUGCCAACAACAUGCUUCACCGUAGAGAUGGUGCCAGGUUUCCUCCAGAUGUGACGCUUGGCAUUCAGGCCAAAGAGUUCAAUCUUGGUUUCAUCAGACCAGAGAAUCUUGUUUCUCAUGGUCUGAAACUCCUUUAGGUGCCUUUUGGCAAACUCCAUGCGGGCUGUCAUGUGCCUUUUACUGAGGAGUGGCUUCCGUUUGGCCACUCUACCAUAAAGGCCUGAUUGCUCGAGUGCUGCAGAGAUGGUUGUCCUUCUGGAAGGUUCUCCCAUCUCCACAGAGGAACUCUGGAGCUCUGAUUAAGGCACUUCUCCCCAAUUGCUCAGUUUGGCUGGGUGGCCAGCUCUAGGAAGAGUCUUGGUUGUUCCAAACUUCUUCCAUUUAAGAAUGAUGGAGGCCACUGUGUUCUUUGGGGACCUUCAAUGCUGCAGACAUUUUUUGGUACCCUUCUCCAGAUCUGUGCCUCGACACAAUCCUUUCACAAUCCAUCAUGGCUUGGUUUUUGCUCUGACAUGCACUGUCAACUGUGGGACCUUAUAUAGACAGGUGUGGGCCUUUCCAAAUCAUGUCCAAUCAAUUGAAUUUAGCACAGGUGGACUCCAAUCAAGUUGUAGAAACAUUUCAAGGAUGAUCAAUGGAAACAGGAUGCAACUGAUCUCAAUUUUGAGUCUCAUAGCAAAGGGUCUGAAUACUUAUGUAAAUAAGGUAUUUCUGUUUUUGUUUUUGUAUAAAUGUGCCAAACUUUCAAAAACUGUUUUCACUUUGUCAUUAUGGGGUAUUGUGUGUAGAUUGAUGAGGGAAACAAAUUAUUUAAUCCAUUUUAGAAUAACGCUGGAACGUAAGAAAAUGUGGAAAAAGUCAACGGGUCUGAAUACUGUAUAGUGUGUGUGUAUAUAUACAUAUAUAGAACUAUAAGCCAGAGAGAGCAGGUAACUAGAUAGUUUGAGACCGCAAAGGCAGUCCAAGAUGAGUGUAUGUAUAAUAAGAAUAUUCCAGCUGUAUCAUCACUAAUAUCACCUUACUAAGGUAUCCAAGUCUGGGAAAAACCUUUGGCUCUGUUUCCAUGGUGAUAAAGUUUCAGUUUUCUCUAUUCCUUCGUAUUAGUUUACCUUUUCCAUUACUUUGUCAAUCAGCAGUAAUUUUGGCUCAAAUGCGGUUUAAUUUCCCCCUUCAGUACAUUGGAUUGAUUAAGGAAAUGGCUGAUGGCGGCAGGUAGCUUAGUGGUUAAGAGUGUUGUGCCAGUAACCGAAAGGUCGCUGGUUCUAAUCCCCGAGUUGACUAGGUGAAAAAUCUGUCUGUGCCCUUGAGCAAGGCACUUAACCCUGAUUGCUCCUGUAAGUUGCUCUGGAUAAGAGCGUCUGCUAAAAUGAAAAGUGACGCCUUUAUCCCCUGAUCACUGGUGCCGUUGAGACUUUGGCUUUGUCCCAAAUGGCGCCCUAUUCCCUGUAUAGUGCACUACCUGGUCAAAAAUAGUGUACUAUAUAGGGAAUAGGUUACCAUUUUUAACACGCCCUUCAAGUCUCCAGCUUCCAAACCUUAGUUAAGCACAUCUCCUCGUUCUGGGACAUUCAGUUCUAAUCAGAGGAGGCGGGGCAAUCCAUCAAGAGGUGUGAUUGGCUGUCCUCUACUGCUCUCUAAGUGAAGGUCCUCGCUCUGCACCCGCUUUCACCCCUCCUCUAUGUAAAGGGUGUGUGUGUUUGGUGCUUGUUUGUUUGGUGCGUGUGUGUGUGUGUGUGUGUUCGGUGUGUGUGUUUGUGUGUUCUUAUAAGUGUUUGUGCAUCUCUGCGUAUACCAAAGCCUUAAGAAGAGUGAUUUACAUGCUGGUCUUAAUUUUUCAGACUGGCUUUGUGUCCUUGGUCCCAACACGUUCUACCGGGCGCCCUGCAUGAACGCGAGGCUCCUCUCCUUUCAUUGGAGAAAAUAAUUUAAAGGUCCCUUGAUGGCUGCAACGCUGCGUAUGCAUCCCAAAUGGCACCCUAUUCCAGAUAAAGUGCCCUACUUUUAACCAGAGCCCCUAUUAAAGGAAUAGGGUGUUAUUCGGGACACAGCCUGCAUCAUAUCUACGGAGCGCCACCACAGCUGAUAUAAUGAACCUGUCUCCAGGAUGUAUCAGUAAUUAAGGGAAGUUGUUUCUGGAUUGAAUAUGGGCGAAUGGUUCCCUCCCUUCUUGCCAAAUUGACUUUGCAGCCUUAGCUCACCCACUGUCAUGUUCGAUCAGCUCGGACAGGUCCUCGGUGGAGAGAGGAUAAAUGGCCGUGGUUAGUGGAUCAGUUACAAGCUCACAGCACUGACUGGAACCCUUCGUAUUGACUGUUAGCUUAGAACUGCCACGCUAAACAUACAAUCAAUCCAGGACAGAGGGGGGAAGAUCUUGGCCUUGAUAUUGGCCUUCUCACGUGUACAGUUCCGCCUCAUUCUAAGAUGAAACCAACAUAAAAUGAAAUCAAGAUGGAUGAAAUGGUAACGUUUGCUGUUUGUGAACAAGUUGAGUUUUUUCACGGUCAUUUGUGAUUGACUUAUGAUCUCAUAGGAGCAUAGAAUUUCUCACAAUGUGUCCUGUUUUUUAGUGUUAUUUUUUGGGUGUGACUCUAUGAUAUAUUACGGGCUAACUUGGAUGACUGCCUUCCUUGAUUCAGUCCAAAAGAGACUCCAUAGUUAGGUUAACAGAUGACAUCAUUGAUAUGUAGCUACACCAGUUCCUUCUGAUCCUGAUCAUUUAGGCAUUUUCAUGUACAGGAUUGCUUGGCUAAUUAUGCGUGUCUGGGACAUUAAAUAAUACAGCAAUCCCCGGACGGAAAUUGACAAUUACUCCUCCCAUUGCCUUCCAUUGCCUCUGCUACUUACCUCCGUAUUUGUUAAGGCGGCUUCUCUCUCCUUCAUUUGCCGGACCUAUCAGCAGGUAAAUUGCUUUCCCUGGCCUGUGACCAGCUUUGUUGUGUGUUUUCACACUCCAACGUCAUCUUUGUUGCUUCCAUCGCAGUGAUGAGGUAAAUGAGGUUGCCAGGUCAAAAGAGAGAAUUGUAAACUGAAUGCUGAUUGGUAGCCGUGGUUUAUCAGACCGUAUACCACGGGUAUGACAAAACAUUUAUUUUUACUGCUCUAAUUACGUUGGUAACCAGUUUAUAAUAGCAAUAAGGCACCUCGGGGGUUUGUGGUAUAUGGCCAAUAUACCACGGCUAAGGGUUGUAUCCAAGCACUCUGCGUUAUGUCGUGCGUAAGAACAGCCCUUAGCCGUGGUAUAUUGGCCAUAUACUACACCCCCUCGUGCCUUAUUGCUUAAAUAACCUGUAAUUAAUUUGUUUAGAUGGGUGUUUAAAUGAUGUUUUGGCUGGCUAGGAUUUGACUAAAGACCUUCCAAGUUUCUCAUGGCUCCUUGUCACAGUUUUAUCUUGUUGCAUUACUUGGCGAAACUACGUCUCGGAACUUUGAGCUGUAGUCUCUGAGGCGUUGGCCGGUUGUUUUCUGGCGUCCUUCCUUUCCAUCGUCAGGGGGAGGAUAUCUGUUAACAAUUUUGAAAUGUGUAACAGUAACACAAUGAAAGCCCUCUGGAUGCUGUUUCAUCACACCUCACUUACUCCCCAGGUUCUUUCCUGCCAGUGGCUUGCAUUGUCCAACCUAAACUGCUUUGACCUUCCUGUGAUAUUUUUUUGAAGAACAUUACAAUGAGUUCUAUCACUAGAUUAAUUCACAUUUUGCUGGUGUCAAACUGAGGCCCAGCCUGGAUAGAAGGUAACCUAGAAAUACUCUAUCAAACCAUUUUAGUCUUUGCACAUUUAUAUCACCCUCCUCCUCAGGCUCCUCUCCUCUUUCCUCCCUCCCCUGUUCCUCCCUCCUCUUUCCUCCCUCCCCUGUUCCCCCCUCCCCUGUUCCCAUUAGUAGUAUUAACCCUUUCUCUACCUCGCCCAGCCAGUCAGAAGAGCUAAUCUCCCUUCUCACUCGCUUGUUAAAGUCUUUUUUAAACCUCCCGGUUUGGGCUGGAUGUGUAGUACAUACAUGCAUAAUCUAUGAGCAGAAUUACUGUUUUACCUCAAUUAGCCACGAAAUCUCUAGUUUGAAAGCGACAGUUUUUCUGGAAGCUGUGCUGCGCCAUUUUACCUACAUUUUCCCCCAACUGGGCCAGCCCCCUAGCAAUUUGAGUUCUAGCCAAUGAGCUUCAGCCCCUCGCCAUUUGAGUGACAGCUAGCAAGAUGCACACACAACGGAGUGAGAGAGAGAGCAAUGACAUAUCUGCACAUAUUUGACAUAGUACCCAAUUUUCGGGGACCACUUUUGCUCGUGAGCGCUACUUUCAGAACUACUGGCUAACAAGUAUACAAAAGUACCAGAUAAUCUCUUUUAUGAACACUAUCCCCCUCAGUGUCAUACUGUCAUGUCACAGUGGGCCUGGGCUGAGCCUUGUUUCAUUCUUAAAUGAUUUUGUUUCAUUCUUUCUUUUGUUCCAUUCUUUCUUUACGGGAGUGACUCAUGCAGUUGUUCUUGGCCCAGUCAGAAGAAACAACCGUGGUGCAAUUUGUUUCCCUCUCCGUGAUAUGGUUAGGAUGCACAGAUGGUUCAUUCUUAGCUUGCCAGGUGUUUUACAUCAAAGGAACUCUGCUAUUGUUCCAGAGAAAGAGAGACUAACUAUCCUGUAAUUCACUUCCCAAAUUAUAUAUUGUACAGUGGGGAGAACAAUUAUUUGAUACACUGACGAUUUUGCAGGUUUUCCUACUUACAAAGCAUGUAGAGGUCUGUAAUUUUUUAUCAUAGGUACACUUCAACUGCGAGAGACGGAAUCUAAAACAAAAAUCCAGAAAAUCUCAGUGUAUGAUUUUUAAGUAAUUAAUUGGCAUUUUUAUUGCAUGACAUAAGUAUUUGAUCACCUACCAACCAGUAAGAAUUCCGGCUCUCACAGACCUGUUCGUUUUUCUUUAAGAAGCCCUCCUGUUCUCCACUCAUUACCUGUAUUAACUGCACCUGUUUGAACUCGUUACCUGUAUAAAAGACACCUGUCCACACACUCAAUCAAACAGACUCCAACCUCUCCACAAUGGCCAAGACCAGAGAGCUGUGUAAGGACAUCAGGGAUAAAAUUGUAGACCUGCACAAGGCUGGGAUGGGCUACAGGACAAUAGGCAAGCAGCUUGGUGAGAAGGCAACAACUGUUGGCGCAAUUAUUAGAAAAUGGAAGAAGUUCAAGAUGACGGUCAAUCACCCUCGGUCUGGGGCUCCAUGCAAGAUCUCACCUCAUGGGGCAUCAAUGAUCAUGAGGAAGGUGAGGGAUCAGCCCAGAACUACGCAGCAGGACCUGGUCAAUGACCUGAAGAGAGCUGGGACCACAGUCUCAAAGAAAACCAUUAGUAACACACUACGCCGUCAUGGAUUAAAAUCCUGCAGCGCACGCAAGGUCCCCCUGCUCAAGCCAGCGCAUGUCCAGGCCCGUCUGAAGUUUGCCAAUGACCAUCUGGAUGAUCCAGAGGAGGAAUGGGAGAAGGUCAUGUAGUCUGAUGAGACAAAAAUAGAGCUUUUUGGUCUAAACUCCACUCGCCGUGUUUGGAGGAAGAAGAAGGAUGAGUACAACCCCAAGAUCACCAUCCCAACCGUGAAGCAUGGAGGUGGAAACAUCAUUCUUUGGGGAUGCUUUUCUGCAAAGGGGACAGGACCACUGCACCGUAUUGAGGGGAGGAUGGAUGGGGCCAUGUAUCGCGAGAUCUUGGCCAACAACCUCCUUCCCUCAGUAAGAGCAUUGAAGAUGGGUCGUGGUUGGGUCUUCCAGCAUGACAACGACCCGAAACACACAGCCAGGGCAACUAAGGAGUGGCUCCGUAAGAAGCAUCUCAAGGUCCUGGAGUGGCCUAGCCAGUCUCCAGACCUGAACCCAAUAGAACAUAUUUGGAGGGAGCUGAAAGUCCGUAUUGCCCAGCGACAGCCCCGAAACCUGAAGGAUCUGGAGAAGGUCUGUAUGGAGGAGUGGGCCAAAAUCCCUGCUGCAGUGUGUGCAAACCUGGUCAAGACCUACAGGAAACGUAUGAUCUCUGUAAUUGCAAACAAAGGUUUCUGUACCAAAUAUUAAGUUCUGCUUUUCUGAUGUAUCAAAUAAUUAUGUCAUGCAAUAAAAUAAAAAUUAAUUACUUAAUAAUCAUACAAUGUGAUUUUCUGGAUUUUUGUUUUAGAUUCCGUCUCUCACAGUUGAAGUGUACCUAUGCAAUCACAGAGGUCAUAUGUUUCUUGUAGUUGGCCACCAGGUUUGCACACAUCUCAGGAGGGAUUUUGUCCCACUCCUCUUUGCAGAUCUUCUCCAAGUCAUUAAGGUUUCGAGGCUGAUGUUUGUCAACUCGAACCUUCAGCUCCCUCCACAGAUUUUCUAUGGGAUUAAGGUCUGGAGACUGGCUAGGCCACUCCAGGACCUUAAUGUGCUUCUUCUUGAGCCAAUCCUUUGUUGCCUUGGCCGUGUGUUUUGGGUCAUUGUCAUGCUGGAAUACCCAUCCACGACCCAUUUUCAAUGCCCUGGCUGAGGGAAGGAGAUUCUCACCCAAGAUUUGACGGUACAUGGCCCCGUCCAUCAUCCCUUUGAUGCGGUGAAGUUGUCCUGUCCCCUUAGCAGAAAAACAGCUCCAAGCAUAAUGUUCCCACCUCCAUGUUUGACGGUGGGGAUGGUGUUCUUGGGGUCAUAGGCAGCAUUCCUCCUCCUCCAAACAUGGCGAGUUGAGUUGAUGCCAAAGAGCUCAAUUUUGGUCUCAUCUGACCACAACACUUUCACCCAGUUCUCCUCUGAAUCAUUCAGAUGUUCAUUGGCAAACUUCAGAUGGCCCUGUAUAUGUGCUUUCUUGAGCACGGGGACCUUGCGGGCACUGCAGGAUUUCAGUCCUUCACGGCGUAGUGUGUUACCAAUUGUUUUCUUGGUGACUAUGGUCCCAGCUGCCUUGAGAUCAUUAACAAGAUCCUCCUGUGUAGUUCUGGGCUGAUUCCUCACCUUUCUCAUGAUCAUUGCAACUCCACGAGGUGAGAUCUUGCAUGGAGCCCCAGGCCGAGGGAGAUUGACCGUUCUUUUGUGUUUCUUCCAUUUGCGAAUAAUCGCACCAACUGUUGUCACCUUCUCACCAAGCUGCUUGGCGAUGGUCUUGUAGCCCACUCCAGCCUUGUGUAGGUCUACAAUCUUGUCCCUGACAUCCUUGGAGAGCUCUUUGGUCUUGGCCGUGGUGGAGAGUUUGGAAUCUGAUUGAUUGAUUGCUUCUGUGGACAGGUGUCUUUUAUACAGGUAACAAGCUGAGAUUAGGAGCACUCCCUUUAAGAUUGUUAUCCUAAUCUCAGCUCGUUACCUGUAUAAAAGACACCUGGGAGCCAGAAAUCUUUCUGAUUGAGAGGGAGUCAAAUACUUAGUUCCCUCAUUAAAAUGCAAAUCAAUUUAUAAAAUUUUUGACAUGCGUUUUUCUGUUUUUUUUUGUUGUCAUUCUGUCUCUCACUGUUCAAAUAAACCUACCAUUAAAAUUAUAGACUGAUCAUUUCUUUGUCAGUGGGCAAACGUACAAAAUCAGCAGGGGAUCAAAUACUUGUUUCCCUAACUGUAUUUGGCGCCCAUGCUGGCCAGAUUGCGGCCUUCCUGACUGUAGGCAACCGGUAACUGCCAAAAUAAAGGAAACACGUGAGUAAAUGUGGAAUACAAAUAAUAUGUCAUGGUGUGAGAUUCAUUUUUCUGUCAUGAUUAGAUCCACUUGUAGAAUGUAUGUCAAGGAGCAUUGAAGCUGUUUUGGCAGCUCGUGGUGGCCAAACACCCUUUUAAGACAAUAUGUUGGUGUUUCCUUUAUCUUGGCAGUUACCUUUAUGUUCUUGUGAUAAAAUGAAUCCACAUUUAUUUUUUCGAAACUAUUCAUCCUCUGUGUCUAAAUUAUGCGCUCUAAUGUAUUUUGAACAUUGAGAGUGGGCUCCUGUGGUUGGAUAAAAACGAUAUUAAAAACAACAACGUAUUUUGUAUUUAUAUUUUUGGGGCCUCUUGGGCCACCUAUGGGCUUGGGCCCAGCCCCCGACUCACACAAUUGACCAGUCACAUUGAUUUAUUAUGCAGUUUAUUUUAAAUGUUUUAUUGAUCAGUUACCCAAUGAAGGCAGGGCCCCCCAGUUACACACGUUUGCCCCCUACCUCCUCUCCCCAUCUGACGAUUAGCAGAGCAGCUGCAGGCUGUCUACACUCAUUGAGAGCGGGCUCUUGAAUCCUCCUGUGGUUGGCGGUUGCAGUAAAAAAAAUCCAAUAUAUAUAUAUUACAUUCAUAAUAUAUAGUAUAUAUUUCCUUUUUUAUUAUUAUAAUAUAUAUAUAUAUAUAUAUAUAUAUAUAUAUAUUUUUUAUGCCUCUUGGUCUCCCCACGGUCUCAGGGGCUUCAGCCCUGGUAAGCCCAGGCAUUAAUCCGGCGCUGAUGACAACUGUCAGAUUCAUUUUACAAAUCAGGAAAUGCGUUAUUUAAAAUGAGUGGCUAUGAUGAGCUGUCAUAUCAGUCUGACAUCACAUGUUCUUCACUCGGUCUAUCUGUAUUCAUGGUCGGUUAGAAGUGCCUACUUCCAUGCCACAGUGCUGGAAACACAUCAUGAUAAUAACUAGCAGUAUUCACUCUCAGCUGAGCUGUAGAAAGUCACUAUGACAAUAAUCAGGAGAGGUAAAUAUGAUCAUUAGUGCUCUUAUAUAAAGAAAGAUGAGAGUGAAAUAGUCACCAGCUCGAACACAUGACCUCAUCAGAAUUAUGAUAACUUUCUAAAACUUUCCAACAUGUCUGUUAGCCUCUAAACUUGGUUAAAUUACAUUUUUAAAAUGUUGUUGAAGCCUUGGACACCAUUUGGCUGACUUGAACGAGUGGAUGUUUGAGUCUGUGUAGGUGUGUGCAUGUUUCUGUUUGUGUGGACAUGUGUGUGUGGGUAAAAAGUUAACUGCAUCUCAGAAGAUGGUAUCUGUCAUGCCUUCUGCAUCAUUUGGCUUUCUGACUCACCUCUGGGGGGUGGGGGUGCUACCUAGCGGAGCUUCUCUCUCAAGGCUGACAUCAUGGAGAGAACUGAUUAACCCGCAUUGUCAACUGCCAAGCAGCAUCUCUUUGUUUUCCAUCCAAACGCCAUUGCCUCUGAGUUUAAUGAGGCUUCCGGAACUGACAAAAGUCUGGCAGUAAGGCUGCAGUGUUGAUGGUGCAGAGUUAUCCAUUAACAAUCAGUCAAUAGGAUAUACAGAGCAUAGGGUAGAUAUAAAGAACCAAUUCACUCUUCAGUUUUGUGACCGAUAAAUGUUAGCUAAAUGUUAGCUAAACGUAUAGCUUAUCGUAUUAACAAGGUCUAUAGGUCUAGGAAAAUAGUUCACAUUGUGGAUUUCAUUUAAACAAUGGAAGUAGUACUUGUCCUAUUGAUAGAACACUUAUCAAAGGAGAUUAAACUGAGAGUUUCAGAUGAAGAGCCUCUCUUUCAUUAUUUAAACACCCCAUUUGCAGUCAUAAUCUGGGUCAGUGCAAAUAUCAGCUUCCGUCCACCCUCUGACUGCGGUUCCUGUAAAGAGAUUAGUAGUCCAAGUCCUCUGGAUGAAGCUGCAGUCUGCACAGAUACAAAAAUUAAUGUUUUGUGGGAAAAUGUCAAAUGAAGGUGAAAGUCCUCACAAGGUGAAACUAACCACGAAUGGGCCUCAGUUUAUUUGACCUGACUUCUCCUGUAUGUUGUCUGUUCUCUCUGUGAUGUCAUACUGUUCUCCAGUAGGUUGUCUGUUCUCUCUGUGAAGUCAUACUGUUCUCCAGUAGGUUGUCUGUUCUCUAUGUGAUGUCAUACUGUUCUCCAGUAGGUUGUCUGUUCUCUGUGAUGUCAUACUGUUCUCCAGUAGGUUGUCUGUUCUCUCUGUGAUGUCAUGCUGUUCUCCAGUAGGUUGUCUGUUCUCUGUGAUGUCAUGCUGUUCUCUAUCAUUGUUCAGGUGAGAUCAACUUCAGGGUUGUGUUCAGUAGAGCACACCGUAGCAAAAUGCUUUAGAACAGAAAACCAAAAGGAGCGUUUCUUCUUAGAUAAGUCCAGGUAUUCCCUCCCUGUUUCGGUUCAAUUCAAGUUUUAUUGUCACAUGCACAAGUACAGUGAAAUGCUUAACUUGCAAGCUCUAACCCCAACAGUGCAGUAAUCAAUAUCAAAAUAUUAACUAAUAACAAAUGCUAUAUAAUAAAGAAAACACGAUCAAUUAGAGAGGAAGCUAUAUACAGGGUCAGUGCCAAUACCAAAUGUACAAUGUGCAGGGAAACUGGAGUAGUUUGAGGUAGAUCUGGACAUGUAGGAGGGGGAUCAGGAGAAAGUGACUGGUAGCAGGAUAAAUAAUAAUAAUAGUAAUAAUAAACAGUAUGGCAGCAGCAGAAGUGGUGGGUGGUCCCCUAUAGCUCAGUUGGUAGAGCAUGGCGCUUGCAACGCCAGGGUUGUGGGUUCGAUUCCCACGGGGGGCCAGUAUGAAAAAUGUAUGCACUCGCUUAACUGUAAGUCGCUCUGGAUAAGAGUGUCUGCUAAAUGACUAAAAUGUGUGUGUAAGUGUGAGGGUGGGUGUGUGUGUGGUGUAAGUGUGAGGAUGUUAGUGUGUGUGUGUAAGUGUGGGCGUGAUAUACGGAUAUACAUGUAAACUGGGCUGGUAAGUGACUGGUAGCAGGAAUAUAUAAAUACUUAUGGUUAUAUACUAGUGGUAAAUUAUACACUGAGUGUACAAAACAUUAGGACCACCUUUUGCUCUCAGAACAGGGGUGUCCUACUAAGCUAACAUAUGGAAUUGUUUUAAGAUGGUCAUACCAUGGAUCAUUUGGAUAUUUGAUUUUGAUUUUUUUUACGCCUUUAGGUAUAAAACAUUUUUUGGGGGAAAUAUUGAAUUUGGCCAACUACUAUAGCCCAUAGAAACACAUUGAAUAACACAUUCAUAAAUGGCAAAAAAAAUACAGUCAAAGAUAUAUCAUAAGGAAUAACAUUUUGAAGUGUCUGUCCUAUAUCUACGACAUAUAAGAAAGCUCAGGAAAUAUUUAAGUUUUUUUGGACACAUAUUUAACCCCUUAUUUUUGUUGGCAUAAAACUACCUCCAUACUUCCAUUCAUUUGUAUGGGUUACCUUUAGAUGAGUCCCGUGGAGGUCAUAGCAAAACAGAGAACACCAUCGUGUUCGUGAGAGUCUCCCCUUUCCACAGUGGGGUCAUAUUAGUUUCUAGGCCAAACUGUUCGGACACUACAGACGUUUUUGUGAGAAGACUGAUCGUGGUCUGACAAACACCGCUGUAGCUCAGCCACCUCCCACUGCAGAUGCGGAAGGCUGACAUAGGCUGAUGCGGUGGUUUAAGAUGCAGGCCAUGCAAAAAACACAUAUCUCUAGCUUAAACUGAUGAAUUUUGAUUGGGAUCUUUCUAUUAUGUGACUUAGAUUGACACACAGGUGCAUUGAGGACAGUCCAUGUCUCGGGUGGCUGGAGUCUUUGGCAAUUCUUCGGCCCAUUCAGUCCGUUUUCUACUGUUUUGAAGCAUAAUUAGCACAACUCAGAUGUUUUAUUCUGGGAUGGGCUGGGAGAUUAUACCGACUGGCAGUUAUCACCUUUUCUGUAGGAAUUAACCCCUCUUAUGCCCUGUUUCAUAAUCCCUGGAUUAUAUUCCAUAUCUGCAUCACAUACCUGAAUAUUUCCUACUUUCUAUAGCUAGGGAUUUCAAUAAGUAGGGAUGUCACUCCAAAAGACAAAGUCCCGUCCAACCUCUGUCUUCAUCUAGAUUACCCCAGAGUUUUUCUUCUCCUUUUGAUCGAGGUUAAUGUCAGUGGUCUCAAAGGAUGGUAGUGGUGGAGUGUUCACACCUUAUGCUGCUGGUACAAAAGACGUAGUCUAGCCAUUUCAGAGGUACCUUGUCUCAGGCUGAAGUUCCUCCAUUUGUCCUUGCUUGCUGUGUUUGGGUGCAUUUUUCCACUGCAGCGGUUCUGUGAUGAAAUUGCCCUUCAGAGCUGUAGGGUUUGGGAGUGACCUCUCUGACACCUCCCACAAUGUUCAAAGGUCACCUCAAGCUCAACCGCUUUCCUUCAGUGGAAUUCAAAGUUUAUCCUCCAAAUAUUCCAUGUUUUAUAAAGGGCAUCCUCUUGUUUUGGUCUGUAAACACCAGGGCUACGUCCCAAAUGGCACCCUAUUCCCUAUAUAGUGCACUACUUUUGAUCAGGGCCUAUAGGGAAUAGGGUGCCAUUUGAGACAAAGCUUAGAUGAAAUCACUCGCCUUAGCAGAUACAGGGUUGACUAAUUACAGGGACUGUUUGGAUGCAAACUGGAGGCGGCCCUCAACACGUUAUGUAAUAUCAUCUAAAAAUGUGUUCCUUCGCCGUCUGUGUGAGGGAUAGUUAGGAGAUGCAGAGUGACAGUCCUGAGCCUGACCACCUCUCCCUCACAAACACAUUGUGAAUCUCAACCCCCCCGCUGUCAUCCAGAGUUUCCUCAUUGUGUGGCUUCUUGUGGUGUCUCAGAACAGUUGAUGUGUUGUGGUAUAAUGUAUGUAAUUUCAUAUGGAGAGAAUGGCAUAGUGGAGUGAGGGGGCUUCAUGGAGAAGAAUUAUGUUACGUCAUUGGAGUCUUGUAAAAUGCAUUGCAGCAAUUUGUUACAUGGUGUUUGUUCGCAUCCUGGGGUCUAUGCAGAGAGACAAAAUACAGAGUCAGCCACCUACUACACACAGUCAGCCACUUACUCACAGCCUUGACUGCAGAGCAGGGACGGCUUGUUCAAUAGGGCGAUAUGGGCGACGCACUGCCAAACGGGAAAAGGAAGGGAUUUUUUUUCUAAUCAAUUAUAUCACGGCAACAGCAGUUAUCAGUGUUCACGUCUGAUCUGCCAGCCACUAAAUGUCAAAUCAGGCUAAAGUCGUGCUUCAAAUGUCCCCGCCCGUUUUUUGGGCGAUUUCAGUCAGGUUGAAAAUCGCCCAGAAGUCUCUCAUAGCCUGUCAUGUAAAAUCUAUUUUUUUCACAUUUCAAAGCUUUCAAUACAUUCUCUAUGGGUGUCUGUGGGCUUGCACUUACGCGCUUUCGUCAUACGUGACGUCACCAUGAACGUAACUAAGACAAUGGCGGCUAGCAGCGUCUCUGUUGCGACCUGCAGUGUGGCGUUAUUUUAUGUUUUUAAUUUGUAGACUUAGUUUACAAACAUUCUGCCAACCAUGGAUUUCCAGUGGUUGGUUUUGGACUGAUCUUGUUGAUCGUGUACAUACCCGCUACGAACGGACUAAAUAAUGAAAACGCUGCUGGCAGCGGAAUCCCAAUACAGCUGGGAGACUUGGCUGGAUGACAGAGUCCCGGACAGAGAAGUGGAGCCGGCCGGCUUCACCCUGGUCAGAGCGGACCGCGAUCCUGGUAAGAGAGCGACUCUGUACCCCGACAUUGAACUGCUUUCUGUGUCAUUGAACCUUACUAUCUGCCCCGUGAGUUCCCCCAAUUGUUUGUUACCGUUGUGUACUGUUGAUAAUCACAAGUUUACUGGAGAACUGAGACCAAGUAGAGACUUUGGACAGGGUGGAUAUGGUAUAAUAAAGGCAGUUUAUUCAGAGGUAAAGAUAUCUGGAAUCGCGUGCACGGACUCGUUCGUCAAACUCUUAGGGAGAAGAGAGCCCCGAAAACAUUGUGUGCAGACAUUUUAUACAAUAAAUGAUGUAGGUUGAAUCUAGUAGUUCUGAUCUUCUGAUUGGUCCUGAUGAGUUGGGCGAGGUCCCCUCCACUGUUGCAUUGGCUCUGAGUCGGGUUCUCUGUCUUCAAAUGUUCAGCCUAAAGAGAGGGGAUUUUUGUGUGUGUGUGUGUGUGUGUGUUUAACAGUGAUGAUGUGUGUGUGUGUUAUCAGUGAUGAUGUGUGUGUGUGUGUGUGUGUGUGUGUGUGUCCUCAGAGCAAGAACUCGUGAGUUGGAAGAACUGAGAGACCUAUGGCGUGGGUGUUGUCCUUGGCCACCUGCUGACAAGGCUGACAAGAUAGGACUCUUUUGUCCAUUGUUAUAGGAUAGGAACAGCAUUGAUUGAAAACAAACGCCCAACACAAAAUGGGUCAUGCACAAGAUUUUAGUCAGACCAAGCUAUAACAUUAUAUAUUUACUACGACAGUACAUUCAAACCAAAAGCUAAUAUAACAAAGGCAUCAGAGAUUAUUUAUAAUCUGUCACAGAAACUGGAAUCCAUCUCCCCAGAUCAGUCAAUAAAUGCUUCUGGUAUUGACUUAUAUGCUGCCCCUGUCUUCAUGUUGUUGCUGGACAUAUCUUUUUUAAAAUGUGUGUAGGUCACCUAAAUCAUCAGAAAAAUUGCCCCUCCUGAGAAUUUUUUCAGGAGCCGCCACUGCUGCAGAGGGUAGGAAACAUUCCCCUACGCUCAUAUAUACAGGAAGUCUUCAUAUCUAAGGCAGUUUCUCUCCUCCGUCCUUCCCUUCUUCUCUCUCUGCUGUGAUGCCUGGGGAAGGCUGCCUGGCUGGCAGAGAGAGGCGCUUUGACCUCUUUAGUGUCCAAGUCUGUUCUGUUCCUGUCAUCACAUCAUCUACAGGGAAAACACUGAGCCUAAUGAGGAGGGUAUGGAAAUGGGGAUCAUUAUCAGUAGCAUGAUGGCUAAUGUGGACGAAUGCCAACUUUACUGUUUGCAUGGGGUUGGGAAAGCAAAGAUGACACUUACUGCUACGAGGAUGGGGGUAGAAGAUAUUACUGAAAAGCAAAGGUAUCACUGGUACUGUAAAGAUGGGUGUGAAACACUCAUUUCUAGUUUCAUGCCAUUUCUAGUUUCAACUCUCCAAUUGCAAAGACACCAUAUUUUCAUUUGCCCCUAUUUUUGUAUAUUGAUUACAUUUUAAUUGCCCAUCUGUGAAUCCAAUCCAAUCUGUUCCAGUGUCAGUUCCAGAUACAUCUGAACGAGCAACCGACAUCAUGAGUCACUAUUAAUAACACAACAACAGAUGAUAGAAUAAGGCCUAGUACUUCAAGGUGAUGUAUUGUUGAAUCACUGUGUGAUUUGCGUCCCCAGAUGAGACGGGUUCUGCAGACACAGAGGAGGCGGUUGUGGACCACAGCUAUGUGAAGAAGAAGCUGGAGCAUGGACUCAAUCGAAUCUGGCAGGUCCGAACACAAGCUUUCUUUCACUUCUACCCUCUCUCGUCUCUCCUCUCUUGCUCUCUUUUCCAUUCCUUCUCUCUUCUCUCUGGUCUCGCUCUCUCGUUCCCCUCCCCCUCUUUCUCUCUCGUCUCUCUCUCCACCCUCUGUCUCUCGUCUCGCCCUCUUCCCAUAUUUCUCUUUAACAAGUGUUCUCCUCCCCUUCACCCUACAGGAAGUCCAGCUGAAAGUGAAAGCCUAUCUGCUUGGGACAGACAUGUCCAACUUCAAAUACGAUGACUUCAUUGUGGUCCUGGAUGUUAUCAGCAGGUAUAUAGAAAUAGAAUUGGGUACACUCAAUAUGGACGCUGGCCCACCCAUCAUGGAAUAUUGACUUGAAUGGGAAUCCUCGUUCUAGUAAUUCUAUUUCUAAGAUCACAUCCUCAUUAGCAAUAAUUGGUUUGAACGAGGUGGACCGAAAGCCUAAACUCUCCCCCUUGCCCCCCAGUCCAUGUGAAACCCCUUGUUUUAAAAGAACCACAACCAAAGCAUAGAGGGAGUUAUGUGGGCAUCAAUGAAUCUGCUUGUUCCGCCAACAGAACAAAGUUGUAAUUUGGCUCUUUACAAGCUUGUCAAUUAAGGAAUCGGGUUUCUGGGUCGGCUGUGUCCUUACGGGCCAGUGGGGAGAGUGAAUAGGGGUUCUUCAGGGAUCGGUCUCAGGGCCACAUGGCUGUGAAGUAACUCUAUGGGGUUCAUUGAACUAUUCAGAAGCGACUGACAGAUGCUUUUCCCCUCCCCUCCUCGCUUUUGUCUUCUUUCCAUCUCAUUUUGCAUUGUUCCUCAUUUGUGUCUCAUCCACCCUCCCCUCCCCCUCUCAGGCUGAUGCAAGUGGGGGAGGAGUUCUGUGGCAGUAAGUCCGAGUUGCUGCAGGAGUCCAUUAAAUGUCAAAGUGUCAACUACUUCAAGAACUAUCACAGGUGAGGCAUCUCGCCCCUAGCUAGCGAAUGUUUGCCAAAGUUAUAUGAAUGUUUCCCUGGUUGAACACUGGUCUGAUUACAUCAAUAUAUUGUUCUCCCCAACCUAUAUAGAACAGUACCAGUCAAAAGUUUGGACACACCUAUUUUUAAAAUUUUUUACAUUGUAGAAUAAUAGUGAAGACAUCAAAACUAUGAAAUAACACAUAUGGAAUCAUGUAGUAACCAAAUUGUGUUAAACAAAUCAAAAUAUAAUUUAUAUUUGAGAUUCUUCAAAUAGCCACCCUUUGCCUUGAUGACGGCUAUGCACACUCUCAACCAGCUUCACCUGGAAUGCUUUUCCAACAGUCUUGAAGGAGUUCCCACAUAUGCUGAGCACUUGUUGGCUGCUUUUCCUUCACUCUGCCUUCCGACUCAUCCCAAACCAUCUCAAUUGGUUGAGGUCGGGGGAUUGUGGAGGCCAGGUCACUGAUCAGCCUCCCACUCUCCAACCUUCAAUUGGUUGAUGUACGAGCCUGGAUGUGUGGUGAGGCCAUUGGUCAAUGUUUGAAUCAAAAAAUAAAAGUCCCACUAAGCCCAAACCAGAUGGGAUGGCGAUCGCUGCAGAAUGCUGUGUUAGCCAUGCUGGUUAAGUGUGCCUUGAAUUCUAAAUAAAUCACAGACCGUGUCACCAGCAAAGCAUCCCCACACCAUAACACCUCCUCCUCCAUGCUUUACGGUGGGAACUACACAUGCGGAGAUCAUCCGUUCACCCACAACGCGUCUCACAAAGACAUGGUGGAUUGAACCAAAAAUCUCAAAUUUGGACCCCAGACCAACGGACACAUUUCCACCGGUCUAAUGUCCAUUGCUUGUGUUUUCUUGGCCCAAGCAGGUCUCUUCUUCUUAUUGGUGUCCUUUACUAGUGGUGUCUUUGCAGCAAUUCGACCAUGAAGGCCUGAUUCACACAGUCCCCUCUGAACAGUUGAUAUUGAGAUGUGUCUGUUCCUUGAACUCUGUGAAGCAUUUAUUUGGGCUGCAAUUUCUGAGUCUGGUAACUCUAAUGAACUUAUACUCUGCAGCAGAGGUAACUCUGGGUCUUCCAUUCCUGUGGAGUUCCUCAUUAGAGACAGUUUCAUCAUAGCUCUUGAUGGUUUUUGCGACUGCACUUGAAGUCAAAGUUCUUGAAAUGUUCCGUAUUGACGACCUUCAUGUCUUAAAGUAAUGAUGGACUGUCGUUUCUCUUUGAUUAUUUGAGCUGUUCUUGCCAUAAUAUGGACUUGGUAUUUUACCAAAUAGGGCUAUCUUCUGUAUACCCCCCUACCUUGUCACAACACAACUGAUUGGCUACAUAGCGUUAAGAAGGAAAUAAAUUCCACAAAUUAACUUUUAAGAAGGCACACCUGUUAAUUGAAAUGCAUUCCAGGUGACUACCUCAUGAAGCUGGUUUAGAGAAUGCCAAGAGUGUGCAAAGCUGUCAUCAUGGCAAAGGGUGGCUAUUUAAAGAAUAUCAAAUAUAUUUUUUAUUUAUUUAACACUUUUUUGUUUACUACAUGAUUCCAUAUGUGUUAUUUGCUAGUUUUGAUGUCUUCACUAUUAUUCUACAAUGUAAAAAAUUGUAAAAAUAAAGCAAAACCCUUGAAUCAGUAGAUGUGUCCAAACUUUUGACUGGUGGUGUAUAUAUAUAUAGAGAGAGAAGGCAGGAAGGGCCUUCUAUGCCAUCAAAAGAAACAUAAAAUUCGACAUACCAAUUAGGAUCUGGCUAAAUAUACUUGAAUCAGUUAUAGAACCCAUUACCCUUUAUGUUUGUGAGAUCUGGGGUCCGCUCACCAACCAAGAACUCACAAAAUGGGACAAACACCAAAUUGAGAAAAAAGAUUCUCUGUGUACAAUGUAAAACACCAAAUAAUGCAUGCAGAACAGAAUUAGACUGAUACACGGUAAUUAUCAAAAUCCAGGAAAGAGCCGUUAAAUUCUACAACCACCUAAAAGGAAGCGAUUCCCAAACCUUCCAUAACAAAGCCAUCACCUACAGGGAGAUGAACCUGCAGAAGAGUCCGCUAAGCAAGCUGGUCUUGGGGCUCUGAUCACAAACACAAACAGACCCCACAGAGCCCCAGGACAGCAACACAAUUAGACCCAAGCAAAUCAUGAGAAAACAAAAAGAUAAUUACUUGACACAUUAGAAAGAAUUAACAAAAAAACAGAGCAAACUCGAAUGCUAUUUGGCCCUAAACAGAGAGUACACAGUGGCAGAGAAUACCUGACCACUGUGACUGACCCAUACUUAAGGAAAGCUUUGACUAUGUACAGACUCAGUGAGCAUAGCCUUGCUAUUGAGAAAGGUUGCCGUAGGCAGACCUGGCUCUCAAGAGAAGACAGGCUAUGUGCACACUGCCCACAAAAUGAGGUGGAAACAGCUGCACUUCCUAACCUCCUGCCAAAUGUAUGACCAUAUUAGAGACACAUAUUUCCCUCAGAUUACACAGACCCACAACGAAUUAGAAAACAAACCCGAUUUUGAUAAACUCCCAUAUCUAUUGGGUGAAAUACCACAGUGUGCAAUCACAGCAGCAAGAUUUGUGACCUGUUGCCACAAGAAAAGGGCAACCAGUGAAGAACAACCCAUAAUGAUGUUUAUUUAUUUUCCCUUUUGUACUUUAACAUUACAACACUGUAUAUAGACAUAAUAACAUUUGAAAUGUCUUUAUUCUUUUGGAACUUUUGUGAGUGUAAUGUUUACUGUCAAUUUUUUCAUUGUUUAUUUCAGGGAGGGGGAGGGAGGGAGGGAGGGAGUGUGUUGAGGGACCUCUGGCCUGCUCCUCCAAUGUGGUUUGUGAGGAGUAAGCAACAGAUCUUCCCGCAGAGAGACGGGACAAAGGCGGACAGCCAGCCCAGCAUGCUCUCUGUGGUCAACUCUGCAUUGAUCCCAUUUCCCCUGUCAGCAAUGCUAGGACACGCUCCCACUGUGCCCCUUCUCCCUCUCCGCACCCAAUGCAUAAUUUUCACAUUAUGUCUGAAUACUCAACAACUUGCGAGGCAGACAUGAAGCCAUUACUCGUCAGCAAACUGUGUGGGGCCUUCACUAUGUCGCGCUGGCUGCAUUUUGACAUUAUAAUAAUAUAAUAUGCCAUUUAGCAGACGCUUUUAUCCAAAGUGACUUACAGUCAUGCGUGCAUACAUUUUUGUGCAUGGGUGGUCCCGGGGAUCGAACCCACUACCCUGGCGUUACAAGCGCCGUGCUCUACCAGCUGAGCUACAGAGGACCACAAUAUAUAUUGUGCCUCUCUGGGUUAGCGGGGAUAUGACAUUGUAGCUACUUUUUCUGUCCCCUAAUAACUUAUAAUGAUUCAAGAGAUGCUUCAAGAUAUCUGCUAUGUCUGUGCACUGACUACACUCCCCAUCCACUGUGUGUGCUUGAAUACCAAAUCUCUUAUUCUGAAUACAAAAGGUGUUACAUGACUAACUUAUCUGGCACACUGUUUUUCUAACAGAACACCUCGUAAUAAUCCCUGUGACUGGUCGGUGUUGUGAGAUAUAUUGUUCCAUAUAUUCAAACACCUGUAUGCUGUGGGACCAGGACUCUGUAAUGUUUGAUGUUUACACUGACAUUUCGUGUGGAUGAAUUGGGAUUGACCCACAAGAGAGAGGUGGCGGGUGGGGGGGGGACUGUCCUUUCUCCCUCUACAAACUGCCUUCCAUGCCCACCGUGACAUUUCCCCGUUCUGUUUAAGCAUUUCAUCUGGAACUCUGGGAGAGCAGGAGCCCUUGUGCUUGAAAGUAAAUGGUAACGGGUCAUUAAUUGGCAAACGCUGACUUCUUCACUCUUCUUCUUGUCUCUUUCUCUUUCUUUCUUUGUUUGUUUUCUCUUCAUCCCUCUUUCUCUCUGCACCCCAGGACGCGCCUGGAGGAGUUGCGGAUGUUUCUGGAGAACGAGACGUGGGAACUGUGUCCUGUCAAGUCUAACUUCAACAUCACUCAGCUCCACGUGAGUAAAACAGUUAGACGCCACAGAGGCAGGUAG